UGGCCAUAUUGCACGUCACUAGGUAGGGACAGAAAAAGGGCAGGGUGUUUGUUGCGUUAGAUAGAUCAGUAUGGUUAUUUUUUUGUUUAUUACUUUUUAGUUGUUGUUGGAAAAAAAAUCAAUUAAGCAUAAUAUAAGGGAGUUAUAGUCCAAUAUAGUAGGUGGCAGCAAUGGAACAUUUAUUGGAUGCCAACCGCCGUUCAAACUCAUCGAAGAAGUUAACAUCUAGAUGUUGUUCAAAUUCAUACAAGUACUACUGUCAAUAAUGCCAUAUGUUGCAGACUUUAAAAUUGCUCACUACAGUAUAAGAUAGUUAGCCAGUCUAUCAAGUAGUUAACUAACAAGCAAGGAAAUCAGUCUAGCUAGCUAACGUUAACUAGCUACAGUAGCUUGUUAACAUGGUUUGCGAACUGUUGCAUGUUUUUCUUGAUUAUUUGGCUUCAUACAACGUUGUUGAAAAGUAACUUUAUAAUAUUUAGAAGCCAACUUAGCUAGUUACCUUUUCAAUUUAAACAAUGUCAAGCGUACAUGAAAGUUUGUAUUUCAACCCAAUGAUGACCAAUGGGGUGGUCCAUGCUAAUGUGUUUGGCAUCAAAGAUGGGGUGACUCCGUACAUCUCCGUUCUGGCCUACUGUACGAGAUGACCACGUCAAAAACAAUUGCUCUUCAGGAAAGAAGGCGCUUGAACAAACUCAUCCUGCCUCUACAUCAGGUUGUAAUAUCUUAUAUUUCACCUUUACAGCUUCUACUUUCCACUGUAAAUUGCUUGCUUUUCUUUAUCAAAGGUUUAGUCUAUGUAUUAGGGUCGAGACUUGACUCAUGGCCAAUUCCUGAAUACUGGAAGAAUUUUGUCCUCAAACAGAAUAUGCUGUGAAACUCCAGUAUGGAUGAGUCCUCGAUUCAACUGCAGUUACCUAGGCCUGUAAUGUAAGAGGUCUGUUCAUGAGACACAUGCUCCUGGCCUACAUCAAGCUGCCCUUCAAACAGGUGUACAAACUGUACAACACCCUGCAGCACUACUACCACAGUCAUUACGCCCAGCCUGGUGAUGACCAGGUGGGGCUGCCUGCCCUGACUGCAGAUGACUCUGACAUGGCCCUCACCAGCACAGAGGAUACUGUAGGGGAGAGGAUGGAGGAGGAGCUGGACACAGCACCACUGCAUGAGUUAUUAAAAGUAGAGGUGGUAGUAAAGGGGAGUACUGUGUCAUCAGCUUAUCCUUUGCAGUUUGCAUAUUUCUCAUUUACCCUAUUUGAGACCUUGAAGUCUCCCCUACGCUGCCCUCAACCUGGCACCACUGCACUGUCACUUUGGUCACUAGUGAGUAGUGAUGGGCAUAGAUAUGGAAAGUCUGUAUCAAUAUCAGUUGCAAUUUAUGUAUGCUGUAACAGAUGAAAGGACCUGACAGCUCUGCGCUAACUGAAGAAUCUGUGAAAAUGGACGUCCACUUCUGUCUACUGUAUUUGGCAUAUCUGGGCAUUCAUUCUCUGGUCCAGCAGGGGGCGAUCCAGGGCAAGACAGCCCAUGAGCUCAUUAAUGCUCUGAAGGACACAGACAUCCUGCAAAGUGCUGGAAGCACAGCCUGUCAGAGCUCAUAGACAUCAGCCUGGCUCAGACUUCAUCCAUAUGGAUGAUGUAUGGCAAGAGGGCCUGUAUGGGGCUGUGUCUGAGGUCCUGAAGCAUCUGAAGGAGCAGUUUCCCCCUCACACCCAACAUGCCAAGGAAAGCUCAAGUGCCGAAGGCGCUGAACCGGACCACUAAAGCGUACAGUAUCCUGCAGAGGCUGCAGCUGUACUGUGAGAAGACCAAGUACUCAGAGAUGAGUAUCAGGGUGAUGCUGGCCAUUGCAGAGUUGCAUUGAGAGUCGUCAGGUGUUGCCACAGCCCUUGCUCUCUUGCUGCAGGCCCUGGCCAGACAACACCAUCUACAUGCCCUGGUCUCUGACUAUCCUGCACCUGGCCUUCACUCAGGUCAACACACGCGUUAUGUAAGCCUGUUGAUACUGGGAGUGCUGGAACAGACUCUGUGUGUCCUUUAUUAUCCCAUCCUGGCCCAUGAGCAGUCAUGGAUAAGGGCAGAGCUCUGCUGCUGCCAGCCCGCUGUCAGGUGGCCACUGCUGGGUCCCAGCCCAGUGGUCAGAGGCAUGCAGGUCUGGGCCUGGCUAUGCAGACUCUGGUUGAGGCUGUAGCCUACUUCUCCAUGCUGGACUGUAAGGGGCGUCUGUGGGACAUCCACUACCUGCAGGCCCGACUGCACCACACCCUGGGCCAAACCCCCCAAUGCAACAAAUGUGACAAGCUGUUCCACCUGCUGGAGCUGCAGGCGCCGGGGGCAGCCGUCGCCAUGCGACUCUGAACAGUCAUCACCACCCUAACACAGACCGGUACAUAUACUGGUGUACUCUGUCUUUGUCAUGAACUUCACAUUUCAUGCUAUCUUUUGUUUCAAAUUGCUGCAUUAGUAGAGAAACAACUGGUUUAGGCACUCCCAAUUUUACAUUGCAAACGUGUAUCAUUUUUAUACAAUAUAAAGAUCAAACUUCAAGUCUCUAUAAUCUUA